GUCGGGGAUUUUUUGCAGCCGUCAACAGAAGUAAACAACAAUCAACCAACUUGCUAAUGGGUCGGGCUCAGUUCAGUUGGGAUCGGACAUUCGUCUGGAGAGGAACGAUCGUUGUGGUGGGGUUCAACCAACAUAUCUCAAGAUGCAGAAAACCGUGGCAAUUGCUCUUCCAGAAGAGCCAGAUACUGCUGUAAAAAGAUUUCCCCGCGAGCUUCUCUAUCUCUGUACAAUUCUUCUGAUGCUUGUGGCUCUGGUAGCCGGCUAUUGCUUUUGGGCGAUGACCCACUCCACGAGUUCUCCGAACAAAGGCCUGCACAUACUCGAUCGCAGUGAAUGGCAGGGGGAACCACCGAGUGGAAAGUACCCACAUCUUAAGCUGCCCGUCUCCAACGUGAUCAUUCACCAUACGGCAACAGAAGGAUGCGAACAAGAGGAUGUUUGCAUAUACCGGAUGCAGAUUAUUCAGGCAUACCAUAUGAAAUCCCUGGGCUGGGUGGACAUUGGCUACAACUUCCUGGUGGGAGGCGAUGGUCAAGUCUACGUGGGACGCGGCUGGCACAUUCAGGGUCAGCAUGUCAGUGGAUACGGUGCCAUAUCUGUCAGUAUUGCCUUCAUCGGGACUUUUGUGAAUGUGGAACCAUCGACUCGACAAAUUGAAGCUGCCAAGAGAUUAAUGGAUGAGGGUGUACGACUCCAUAGACUGCAUCCAGAUUAUCAUAUUUAUGCCCACCGUCAAGUUAGUCCCACCGAAAGUCCUGGCCAGAAACUAUUCGAACUCAUGAAGAAGUGGCCGCGUUUUGCGCCAGAUGCAACAUCACUGCGCCUCCUUAGCAAUGCUACCUUGAAGUUUGUGACUAGGCCUUAUUGGCUAGCCCAACCUCCAACAGUACCACUCACCCUACAAGAACUUCCCAUUCAGAGCGUGAGAUUCGUGUCUACCAAUACUAAAUCUUGUUCCACUCAAGCCGAAUGCGUUUUCCGAGUGCGCCUGUUGCAAAGUUUCCAUAUCGAGAGUAUUGGAUAUAAGGACAUUAACUAUAAUUUCGUGGCGGCCGGAGAUGGGCACAUCUACGAGGGCAGGGGCUGGAAUCACAGCUGUGAGGCCUCAAAAGAUGGAGAUGGGCAGGAUCCAAAAGAACUAGUAGUGGCCUUUGUGGGUCCUCCGAGUAGCAAUAAAAAGCUAGCCUUGGACCUAAUACAACAGGGCAUCAAACUGGGUCACAUUAGCAAGGAUUAUAUUUUAAUUGACGACUCAGAAAAGUCUUAGAAAACUGGAAGCAGGGGGAAUGAAGCAAUACCAGUGCCAUUCCUGUGCCAUCUUUCAAAGUGAUAUUAAUUUAAGAACUAGUUUAUGUCAACGAAAAUAUCUCAUAUGAAAUACGUCACAAUCUCCUUUGUAUUUAUAGAAAUAAACAUGCCUUUAUUGAG